CUUAAACUUUUUGACAGAUAUCUUACAGAUUUAAAUUCAGUGAAGUGUUCCCUACCUUUUACGUCUUGAUAUUGCUAAUUGCUAUUGCCAUAAAAAAAGUGUUGACUGUUGAAGUGUAGUCUCAAAUAAACAAAACAAUAAUACAUAAACUCAUACAUUUUCAUAAAUAACGUUAUUGUUGUACUUUUCAUAAAUUUUAAGCAAAAAUGUUAUGGUAAUAUCGUUAUUUUUAGAACAAGGGAAGACAUUCAACUUAUUUAUUAAUCUAAAAAUCUGCAUUUUUUCAUAAAAUGUAUUCAAUAUUUUUGAAAGUAGGAGCAUUCAAAUCGUUCAAUAACACAUCAAGAGGGACAAUAGUUCCAUUAGUAAGAAACAUUUAUAAUCAACAAGGGCUUGUAACAACAAGGUCUGAAUGUACUCAUGCUCAUGGAGAUGAAAUUAAGAAAAAUAAAUUAUUAUUAUUUUCUUUAUUAUUUGGAGUCAGUACUUUUACAAUUUAUAAAACAUGGUCACAAUAUAAUAUUUUUCCAUCAAUAAUAGCUGCCGAAGAAGUAGAAGAAUCUGAGGGUGAAUCGGACAGUGAAAUGGAGACAAGGAAAAAGAGAUUUAGGAAAGAAAAAAUAGGCUUUAGAGACAGAAAGAUUAUUGAAUAUGAAAACAGAAUGAGGUCCUACUCAACGCCUGACAAAAUAUUUCGAUAUUUUGCAACUGUUAAACUUACGUAUGGUGAUAACACAGAAGUUUAUAUGACACCUGACGACUUCCUAAGAGCUAUAACUCCUGGAAUGAAACAACCUGAUGGUUUGGGUCUAGAUCAAUACAGAAGAUACGAUCCAAAGACUAUAAGCCAACGUUUGAACUUGGACCUUGAUGAAGAUUCUAUAUUUUACAAGCUUGGAUCAUCUGGAUUGAUCACGUUUAGUGACUACAUUUUCCUGUUGACCGUGCUUUCAACGUCGCGCCGCCAUUUUGAAAUCGCGUUUCGUAUGUUUGACCUAAACGGUGAUGGCGAUGUAGACUGCGAGGAGUUUGAGAAGGUGGCUGCCCUCAUUCGACAGCAGAGCAGCAUUGGAUCACGGCAUCGCGACCAUGCAAAUACUGGUAACACUUUUAAGGGUAUAAAUUCAGCAUUGACUACCUACUUCUUUGGACCGAAGCUCAACGAGAAAUUGACGAUUGAGAAGUUUUUGGACUUCCAACAUCAGUUGCAAAAGGAAAUACUCUCUUUGGAGUUUCAAAGGAAGCAACCAGAUGAAAACGGCCGUAUAACGGAAGCAGACUUCGCGGAGCUGUUGCUGGCCUAUGCCGGAUAUCCAGCUAAGAAGAAAGCCAGGAUGCUGAAACGUGUUAAGAAAGCAUUCCGCGACCACGGCGUCGGAAUAACAAAGGACGACUACCUAAAGUUCUUCCACCUCCUAAACAACAUCAACGAUGUGGACACGGCGCUUACCUUCUACCACAUAGCGGGUGCCUCCAUCGACCAACCGACUCUCCGCCAUGUGGCCAACACCGUGGCCCACGUGGACUUAGACCCUCACGUCAUCAAUGUGGUCUUCACCAUAUUUGAUGAGAAUAUGGACGGACAACUGAGCAACCGAGAGUUUGUGGCCGUGAUGAAGAACAGGUUGCUCCGAGGUCUGGAGAAGCCGAAGGACACUGGAUUCGUCAAACUCAUGUAUUCGCUCAUUAAAUGCGCAAGAGAUACAAAACCGGCUUUACUCGAUUUUUAAUACAUUAUUGAAUUAUGUAUGUCAACAAUUUUAGGCAUUUUUUAUUGCUAUAAAAUUUGAUUGUACCCUCAGAACAAUAAAUUUUCAUUCAUACCG